AUGGAGGUGCUCAGCUCCAGCCGCCUCGCUAGGGCACUCCUCCCGAACCUCCUCGACCAGGCCUCCAGGCCCCUCAGCAACAGCAAGCCCCCGUGCCGCCGCCCCCGCGGCGCCGUCCAUACCCUAGCCUCCUCCGCCCACGGCCCCGCCGCCGAUGCCGCCGCGCCGUCGUCGUCGCUCGCCCGGCUCCUCGCCGCCGCGCUGCGGGGCGGCCGCGCGGGAGGGGAUCUCCCCGACCUCGCGGCCGCGGCCACGGCCACGGGUGGGGCCGGGAUAGGGACGCUGCUGAUGAGCACCACGGCGGCGGCUGUGACCAAGGCGCGGGAGAGCCCGUACCUGCUGGCGCUGGCGGCCAACCCGACCUUUGUGUCGGGGCUGGUGGCGUGGGCCGUGGCGCAGGCCGCCAAGGCCCUGCUCACCUCCGUCGUCGAGCGGCGGUGGGACCUGCGGAUGCUCUUCAGCUCCGGCGGGAUGCCGUCCUCGCACACCGCGCUGUGCACCGCGCUCACCGCAUCCGUCGCGCUCUGCCAUGGCGUCAGCGACGCGCUCUUCCCCGUUUGUCUCGGUUUUACUCUAAUUGUUAUGUACGAUGCCACGGGCGUCAGGCGCCACGCCGGAAUGCAGGCCGAGGUACUCAAUAAGAUCGUUGAGGACCUGUUUGAAGGCCAUCCGAUUAGUGAAAGAAAACUCAAGGAGUUGUUAGGACAUACUCCAUCACAGGUGACAUUUGUUGAUCUUCCUUUCAUUGGAGGAAGUGAUGUCACCCUCAAGUCCUCAACCGGUGUCGCGAGUAUGCCGUUUGCGGAGGUUACUGACUGA